GCUCAUCAUUGCACAGGGAAAAGUCAGCAGCUUUUGUUAGUUUCACAAGAUCACUCGGUGUUCCGGACCUAAGUCCACAAAACUGUUCUUUUCAUUUGCUUAUCGCUCCUUGCCUGCCCUUUUGCUGUUCCUUGGCUCUCGUAACAGCACAGGUCUGUGUGUUUUGUGUACUUCAACUUGUUGAAUACCAGCACCCUGCCCUCUGUGAGGAGUGUUCAAGGUUCAGGAAGAUAACGAGAGGUGAGUGGCUGACGCACAGCUCGUGUUAUGUUACCAAAGGCUCAUAUCGGAUUACGGUAGACAGCAGGUUGGGAGGAACUGCAGCUGUAUUCAGAUCGCUGUGGUUCAAGUAAACCAGGAACUGGGACCAACAAAGGAGUUUAAAAAGAAGCUAAAGAGGCUAACAGAGUGCUUCCUGUUGUUGUUAGAGGAGCGUUACCAUGGGUAAGAAGAGUCAACACUGUCUGCUUUUGCUGUGUUUGUCAGGACUUGUUCACCAUUCAGCUGCCUUCGUGUUUUGGACAGCCACGGUUGAAAUAAACUAUGUUAACGGCAGCAAUGCGCCAGAGACAAAAAUUUGUGAGUGUGGGGUGUAUGGUCGCAACUCUCCCCUGGGGGAUGCAGAGGGCAUUGUUACACUUCCCAAGGGAGACCCCAAGGGCUGUGGCCCAGGUCCCAUCUACAACCGCAAUUCCAGCUCACCGCCUUGGAUAGCCUUGGUUAAAAGGGGCAACUGUACCUUCAGUGAGAAGAUCCGUGCAGCCAAACGCCAAGGGGCAGCUGCCGUGGUGGUGUAUAAUGUGGAUAGCAGUGGCAACAGCACCACUCAGAUGUCACAUCCAGAUGUGAUAGAUAUUGUGGCUAUCAUGAUUGGCAACACUCCGGGUAUGGAGAUUGUCAAACUGGUUAAGAAUGGGACAGAUGUUGAGAUGUCCAUCAUUGUUGGCAGUCCUCACGGGCCGUGGAUGGACACCUACUGGCUUUACUUCCUGUCUAUCGCCUUCUUCAUUGUCACAGCAGCCUCGAUCGCCUACUUUGUGUUUAUCUCUGCAAAUCGUCUCUACACUCUGAACAUGCACAGGCGCAUGGAGAGGAGGCUGAAAUCUGAGGCUAAGAAGGCGAUCGGGCGCCUACAAGUCCGCACGCUCAAGAGAGGCGAUGAGGAAACGACCUCUGAGUCCCACAUGUGUGCGGUGUGUAUUGAAUCCUACAAGGCAGGUGAAGUGGUGACAGUGCUAACGUGUGACCACAUCUUCCACAAAGCCUGCAUUGAGCCCUGGCUGCUGGAGAGGAGGACCUGCCCCAUGUGUAAGUGCGACAUCCUGAAGGCCCUGGGCGUUGAGGACGAGGGAAAAGAGAACAUUUCCGUUGAAUCGCCACCAGAUGCCACUGUGAUCACAGUGACAGGAGGAGAACCCAUUUACGAAGUCCCGUUGACUGACCCAGCGAGCCCUGACCCAGAGAGACAACAGCAUCACUAUGACAACAGGGCCUUCGAGAGAGACGCAGAGGCGGCAAGACAGUGAGCAACAGCAACCAAAACAAAACAGCAACAGACCAGGAUGCAGUCAAAGCACCUGUUUGCAAUCUGAUAUUUUUCUGAAAUGCGAUACAUUUUGAACCAGCACAAUGGAAUCAAGCUGUUAUUUUCCAGCAGGAGAAAUGAUUUCGAUCGUGUAAUGCACCAAUGCUGAAAUAGGUUUUCACAACAAAAUCAGAUGAUUUAAAAUCUUAAUGCACCUUGCGUAGUUUAGAUGACACUGGAUCUUCACUGUGGUUGUUUUGGUACAAAUGUAUAAUUAUUGGGUUUUCAUGAAGUUACCUAUUAGAUAUCUAGAAUGUAUUCUGAAAGCUGAGUAGCCUCUCACUGCUGCCAGUGUCAAAUUACUGUUUAGCAUUGUGAACGCGCCGGCUCGACACUGUCCAGAGAGGAAGUGCAGCACAGCGUUCAUUUGACUAUCUGUGUGAAACUGUGGCCAAAUUUCCUUCUACGGCAAGCUUGUUAGCUUCUAUUGCUCUCAGUCCCACACAGUUGACCGCCGCCUUUUAAAUUCACAGCACAAUUUGUUUCUCAUAAUUCAGUUUAUUUAAAGAUUUUUUUUCUGCUCUUUGUGAAGGGGAGUGUGUUCUUGCAUUGUAAUUCUCAGGUCGUCAGGCUGGAUUCACGAACCCACCCUUAUGAACACACCUGUGACUGAAAUGCAGCAUGACACACAUUGCACUACAAUGAGUGAAUAAUAUCACCUGAGGGGCCUAUGACUCUGGGACUCUGCAGAAACAAGUUUACCACAAAUGAAGUUGAAAUUUUCAAGGUUUUUCUGUGUGUGUGUGUGUGUGUUGGGGGGGUUGUUCCUACUUUUGAGUAAUAUGACAAUACAAACAAUAAGUGUUGUAUUAUGUAACAUAUAUAACAGAUGCAUUCAGAUAUGUUGGAUCGAGGAAGAUCCUCUGCUUUUGAAAAUUAUACCCAUUGAGGUGGAUUUAACAAUCAUAAAGUUCUCUCUGUUGAUGUAAAGGUGAUAGAUACUAAAUGUGUGUGCUACUUAUCUUUGGAUUUUGGUGUACAAACACAAAUUGUUAUUCUUGUACAAGUCUUCCGGGUUAUUCCUUUUGAAUUAUUUUGAAUGGAGUCUAUUCAGCCCUUGUGGUCUACCUCUGAAGUUUCUUGCAGUUCAAAGAUUGUGUGUCCCUCAGUAAAUGAUAAAGCUAAAGAGUCGUUUUGUUUCUUUGUUUGCUGUUGGGGGAUAUGCUGAUUAUGGUACUUCAUAUAUUUUUCUACGUUGAAUCAUUUUCACUGCUGUUUUACAGAUUCCAGGAGUCUUAAAUUGUUCUGUAAAAUAAAUAUUACCUGCUGUAUUAAAUCACAUUGAUGCUUAUUAGAAUGUAAUAAAUCCCUCAAAAUGAGGACAAUUUCAUGAGCA